CAGUUUAACAGAGCACGAUUAUUUAACCUCACUUUACGUAGAAAAUGAAAAUAGAUUGUUCUUAGAAAUUUGUUUAUACAUUGGUUUAUAUAAAUAUCACAGUCAUGAAUUUUAUUAGACAAAUGGUUAGGCAAGUGCCUUUGAGGAGUCCCAUUAUUACUAACAUACAACCAAGCAGCAAAUUGUUGGAAUCGGUAAAUGAGCUAACGAAACGAUUGUCUUCAUUCACUGUACAAGAAAGACCGAUGGCUUCGUUGGCACAGAUGCACCGGUCCGGUCCACACAUAAAAGUACGUAAAACCCGCUCGCCGCUCGACGGAAAACCCUUCAUGAAAGGUGUUGUUUUAAAAACCUUAAUCAAGAAGCCGAAGAAACCGAAUUCUGCAAACAGGAAAUGCGUCCUAGUCCGCUUGAGUAAUGGCAAAGAAAUGGUCGCUUAUAUUCCGGGAGUUGGACAUAAUCUUCAGGAGCAUCACAUUGUCUUAUGCAGAGUAGGAAGAGUACAAGAUUGUCCCGGUGUUAAAUUGAAGUGCAUCAGAGGCAAAUACGAUCUCGCGCACGUUAUUAAAACUAAGUAAACAUUCAAUUGGUUUAGUGUGAAUGAUUAAAUAUAGUUAAUAUUA